AUGGAAACAUUAUAUAAUCAACCGAUAGUAGUUGAUAAUGGGUCAGGGAAUCUUAAAGCAGGCUUUGCUGGUGAAGAAAAGCCAAAAGCUUAUGCUUCGGCAAUCAUAGGGAGACCAAAAUACCAAAAAUUGAUGACAAAUUCAUUGAUUUCUUCAUCUGUCGGAUCACAUUUAACAAAAUCUGAUCCAGAUAUUUUCAUUGGUGAUGCAGCCCAAAAUAAUAGGGGGCUUCUAAAAUUAACAUACCCUAUUGAGCAUGGAAUUGUCACAAAUUGGUCAGAUAUGGAGAAAUUAUGGUAUCAUAUGUUUGAAACAGAUUUAAAAAUACAACCUGAAGAUCAUCCACUUCUAAUAACUGAAGCACCUUUAAAUCCAAGAUCUAAUAGAGAUAAAAUGUGUCAAAUUAUGUUUGAACAAUUCAAUAUUCCAUGUUUAUAUUUAUCAAUUCAAGCAGUAUUGGCAUUAUAUGCAUCAGGAAGAACAACUGGGGUAGUGAUAGACAGUGGAGAUGGAGUUACUCAUGUUGUCCCAGUUUAUGAAGGAUUUUCAUUACCGUCUUCAAUAAAAAGAAUUGAUAUUGCAGGACGAGAUAUAACUCAAAAUCUAUCUUUUAAUAUACGGCGUGUUUCAGGAGUUGCGUUACAAAGUAGUUCAGAAAUGGAAAUUGUACGACUAAUAAAGGAACAAUGUUGUUUUGUUUCAAAAGAUGUAGUAAAAGAUGAAAAAUUGUAUGGAGCUCAUUAUUUAAGAAAAAGUGCAGGUAAAAGUGAAAUUUUUGCUAGUUACAAAUUACCAGAUGGUCAUGAAUUGAAGUUAGGUGUUGAAAGAUUCAGAGCUCCUGAAAUAUUAUUCAAUCCUCAAAUCAUUGGAGAUGAAAGUCAAGGAAUUCAUGAACUUACUUCUUUAGCAAUUGCCAAAACUGAUUUAGAUUUAAGACCAAUUUUAUAUCAAAACAUAUUAUUAUCUGGCGGUAAUACUCUUUUAAAAAAUUUUGGAGAUAGAUUACUAAAGGAAUUGAAAGAUUUACAAAAUAUCCAUGAAUCAAGUAAUCCCUUGUGGAGUAAUAACAAAAUAGAGAGUUACAACACCAAAUUGAAAGUCAAGAUCUAUGCACCUCCAGAAAGAAAAUAUUCAACUUGGAUAGGUGGCUCAAUAUUAGCAGGAUUAUCAACGUUUAAAAAGAUGUGGGUAACUGCUGCAGAAUAUCGUGAAAAUCCCGAAAUAAUACAUAAGAAAUGUUUGUAA